GAAAGUUGCGCUGCCUCACACGCUCACGUUUAUCAAAUAUAUAUACCCUACUACUGUGAAGGCUUGGUUCAUGCAUAUUAAUUACGUUCGGCCAGAAAGCCUGACCGAUUGGCUGAAAGGAAGGCGUGGGCGAGUGGGCGCUAGUCAGCGAAUCCUUCUAAAAGGUGAAGGCUUGGCUCAUGAAUAUUAAUCAGGUUCCUUGACUGGACGUUCUUCGGAAGGUUACAAAGCAACGUCGGCGUGAUCUGUUUAAUAUACAUGAGUGUAGCCUUCGUCGUAGUAGGAUUCGUAACAUCUCAGGACGGCGGAGGAGUUUCGUGUGUUUUGAGUGGCUAAUCUUGGCCACGGUGUAUAACCACAACACAAGAUAAACGGCUAUGCUCUGUGCGUAAAUAUUGCCGUUAGACCAUCUAAAUCAGCGUAACAGUGUCGUAUCAGUCCAGGAUUCAGAUACAGACAAUGACUUGAUGAGGUUAACAAACCGGAUUUACCAGAACGGAUGAUUACAUCGCUUGGAUUAUUCCCAUUAACCUAAACAGUAGUGUUCAGCCCCUGCUGCCUGAGUCUGGGAUUGUUGCAGAUAUUGAGGUGGACGGCAUUUUCUCCACCGAUUCUGACACUUUCUACGAGCUGAAGAGUCAGCCCAUUACAACAAGAUACCGCACUAGAUUUUGGUCAUUGAUGCCCAAAAAUGCUGUCUAGUGGCUCUCUAACCUCUGCUGAUCCCGUGACCCCAGCCGGCUCUGUGAUGACGUCACGCGUGUUGAUGAGACAGGAGCUGAUGCGACAGCAGGCUCAAGACCAGGAGAGACGAGAGGCCCAGAAACAGGAAUCUAGCGCUCGGCUGCGGGCCACAGAUGCCACCCCUGCCAUCUCAGUGACCUCCACCCUGCCUGCCACCCCCACACAGGUGCCCGUGGAAGUGCUGAAGGUUCAAACUCACUUGGAAAAUCCAACAAAGUACCACAUUCAACAGGCUCAGAGACAGCAAGUGAAGCAAUACCUCUCUCACACCCUGGGAAAUAAAUUAGCCAAUCAGACCAUGGUGACAUCACCCUUGCCCAAGCCUGGCUCCGCCCCAGAGUUGGCGCCUGUUCCCAGCAGCACUCCCAGCAGCCCACUGGCUGUGCUCAGCUUGGGAUCAAACAAAGAAGAGAUUGAGGACGUGAUCGAUGACAUCAUCAGCCUGGAGUCAAGUUUAAAUGAUGAAUUUAUGACAUUGAUCGACUCUGGUUUGCAGCUUCCCAACACGCUGCCAGUCUCAGGGAACCUCCUGGAUGUGUACAGCAGUCCGGGGAUGGCAACACCCACCAUCACGGUCAGCAACUCCUGCCCUGCAGACCUGCACAAUGUCAAGAGAGAGCUGACCGAUCUUCAUUCUGCAAGUUUCCGAUGUGGGCGUGACUCACCAAAUGCUUAUCGAGAGCUGUCUGUCUUUACACUGCAAAGCUCGGCACAGAAGCCGCAUCUGCAGCAGCAUAAAUAUGCUGAGGCAAAAGCUAUUAUGAAGGAGAGGCAGAAAAAAGACAACCACAACCUCAUUGAGAGAAGACGACGGUUCAACAUUAAUGACCGCAUUAAGGAACUGGGAGCGCUUAUUCCAAAAUCCUCUGACCCGGAGAUGCGCUGGAAUAAGGGGACCAUCCUGAAGGCAUCGGUCGACUACAUCCGCAAGCUACAGAAAGAACAGCAGAGAUCCAAAGAGAUUGAGAUGAGACAGAAGAAGCUCGAACAUGCCAACCGCAGUCUGCUCCUGCGCAUUCAGGAGCUGGAAAUGCAGGCUCGUGUCCACGGCAUCUCAUCCCAGAAUUCUGACUCCACAUUCUCCCAGCAGCAGACAUUAACUCUGGAUUCCCACCCCAGCAAUGACGCCCUCUCUAAAACCCUUUUAUCACUCAAUGGGGCGGGGCUCAACCAGACCACACCCUCUUCUUUCUUGUCUCCGCCUUCUUCCACCUCCUCAGUGGGCGGGGCCUUAACAAGUCCCCUGGACCUUGGGAAUCUCAGCUUUGGCGAGUUAGAUGACCCUGCUUCCUCUGUAUUUAACCCUGCCCUGAUGGCAGAUAUAGGGUUGGGGGACAUCCUGAUGGACGACGGUGGUGCCGAUCCCCUGCUCACCUCUGUGUCCCCGGGAGCUUCCAAAACAAGCAGUCGUAGAAGCAGCUUCAGCAUGGAGGAAGAUUUGUGACACCCUGAUGUCGGACAGUAGCUUGGCGUGGUCCACAAGGACUGUUGUUUAGGUUGGUACAGCUGUUCUGCAACCCAGCGUUUACGUUCCUGCUUGCGCACUCCAUUGACGGCCAGUAGAGGGCAGAGUAAUCCCAAGGUCAUUUAUUAAUCAUUGUACUGUAGAAGUCUUGUAAACAGUGGUAAGUUCCACACAAGAGAGGACACAAAAACACAAAGAAAAGAAAGACGCUGAUAUUUAAAGCCUUGUUUAUCAUCUGGACCUCUGAUGAAUAUACUGUAUAUACAGCAGAAAUAUAUGUACGUAGAGUAGAUUCAGUGCUAAACAUCUAUUUUGUUUAUAUUAUGCAGUUAAAUGAAAAGUAGCAAGCACUAUGAUAAGAACUUGUGGACAAAAAGCCACCUGAAUUUAUCAGACGUGUUGGGACAAAAACAUGCCUGAAAUGCGAAAUAUAUGACUCAUUUUAGAUUCAAUCCUCACCUUCAUAUGCCAGUGGGUCCAAAGGUUAGCAACCACAUUCAAAAUUUAGAAUCAUUUAAACCUGUAAAACAAAUAAUACUGAUAAAUAACAAAGAAAAGUUUAAUAUAAAAUGAAGAAAUAUUUAAAAUAUUUAAGAUUUCUAGGCCACUAAUGAAAUGUAAGCAAAUUUGUGACAUUGACCAUUUUAACUACUUUGUACAAAACGUCAGAUUUUCUGUCUUAAAUUGAAGCACACAAGAUGGAUCUUUCUUAAAUCAUUCUGGAUGACAUGAUUAUCCACUUUUCAUGCCAGAUCGAGUGCAUGCUGUCAUUUAAGCAAAAGGCAGACACACCAAAUACAAAUAAAUUCUGAAAUUCAUGUGCAUAUUUAAAUUAAACUUUUGACUCCGAUUGUUAUGCUGAUAACAUAAUACAUUUAAAAAGAAACAUUUUAGGGAGAAAAAUGCAUAAUAGGGGUAUUUUCAGUUGUGUUCUCAGAAUUUUGAACUUGACGUCAAUAUUGAGGUAGCUCAUCAAAUAUGAAAGGGACAGUAGUGUUUUUUGUUUUUUUAAUGUGUGUGAGAAUGUGUAUCUAAAUGCUCGCAUGUCCGCACAUUUGAUCAUGGUGGUAAUAAACCUGUUUUUAAAUGCGCUUUAUGUCCUUAGGAAAAACCCACAGACCGAUAAAGAACAUCCUGUUCAACUUUAACUUCCUGCUAUGUUCUUCUGCUCUUUUAUGGAGCUGCUGUUGAGUAUGGAGUCAAAACAGUUUCAAGUAGAAUUGUAAAUGCUCUGAAAGAUGUAAAGCUUAACAGCAUGAAUAAAUACUUAAAAUUGGGUGGCCAGAAUUUCCCAGGUUGGUAUAGCUGCAGGCUGGAGAUCUCCAAAUGGGGGCGGAAUCUCCAAAAGAGGGUGGGGUUACCUCAAAAGGGGGUUGCACCAACUCUAAAAGAGCACGUCAAUUCCACACACGGUUAGGGUUAGGGAAAAUUAGGUUUGGGGCUCCCUAUAUCUUUGAUGGUGAAUUGGAGCUCCCUCCCCAUUUUGGAGCUCUGCCUGCAGCUAUAUCCUUCUCGAAUUUCCCUGAGCUGGUACAUUCAAAACCUAGACAUUUCAAAAUGUAUUAAAUAGGUGUUUAGCUAUUCCAAACAGGUACCAUUGAGCUGCAUUGCAUCUUGGCCACAUACUUCUUAGGCCAACAUUAUGCUUUGAGUUAAUCUUGAUUUGAUCAAAUUGAAACCCCAACAAUUCCAUAUUUCUCUGGUUUAAUCACUUGUUACAGUUUUGUGCUGAAGUUAGAUUGUCUAUGCAGGAAGUUUCAUGGUGAAGUACCAAAGGUUUACAUGAUCAGAUAGCAGUCGUGCUUGCUUUGACAUUCAAAAGAACAUCUGAUCUCACAAAAAUGUUCCUGUUCUCUGCCAGAGAGGAACAAUAUUAGUGAAUCAUUGAACUGUCAUUUUAAUGUGCAUUACUGCACGACUUAUGUCUUUCAUUCCUGACGACAUUCUGACAGUUGGAUGAUUUAUUCCUACAAAGACUAUUCUAUAUUGUUCUACCAACUCGUUGGCUUUGCCUGAACGAUGGUUGUCACACAUAUUUACUGUCAUUAAUGUUCAUAUCCUGUUUUAUAGACCCGUUUUUUGAGCCAAAAGCCACAUUGAAGGGAAAUCCGAGAAGAACGCUUCAUUUUAAUACAACUGUAGAGUGAGGUGUGAUUUUAGUAUACUUAUGGGAAAGUAUAACAAUGCUGGAAACAGAUAAAACAGUUUUUUAUACGACAGACUAGAAUUAUAUAUAUAUAUAUAUAUAUAUAUAUAUAUAUAUAUACACACACACACACUACCGUUCAAAAGUUUGGGGUCACUUGCCUGAAAAGUUUCUCAUGAUCUUAGAAACCAUUUGAUCUGAAGGCGUAUGCUUAAAUGUUUGAAAUUAGUUUUGUAGACAAAAAUAUAAUUGUACCACCGAAUUAAUUUAUUUUAUUAUAUAUCUAAAAUUUAAUUAAAAAAAUAAAGUUUUUGAAAUUGAUGACUUGGACCAAAUAAUUAAGAAAAGCAGCCAAUCAGUGCCCAGCAUAGAUGGGAACUCCUUCAAUACUGUUUAAAAGCAUCCCAGGGUGAUACCUCAAGAAGUUGGUUGAGAAAAUGUCAAGAGUACAUGUCUGCAAAUUCUAGGCAAAGGGUGACUACUUUGAAGAUGCUAAAAUAUGACACAGUUUUGAUUUAUUUUGGAUUUUGUUUAGUCACAACAUAAUUCCCAUAGUUCCAUUUAUGUUAUUCCAUAGUUGUGAUGACUUUACUAUUAUUCUAAUAUGUGAAAAAAAUAAAGCAUGAGUAAGUGACCCUAAACUUUUGAAUGGUAUAUAUAUAUAUAUAUAUAAUUUAUUUUUUUCAUAUUUUGGCAUUAUGAAUCUUUACCCAGUUGAGAAAAGACAAACUAUGUUUAUUGUAUGUGUAUGUAGUUAAAAACAACAAGGAAAACAUCCCUUACACUGCUCUAGUUAUGCUAUAAUACAACUUAUCUACACCAUGUGGUGAUGUGUAAUGGUAAACAUGUAUAUAAUAAUAAUAUAUAUUGAAUAAUGACAUGACGAUGUAGCACAGCGACUAACAAACGUACGGAAGAUAUUUUUAUUUUAGUCUUUUACAUGUACAGUGCCAUUACCAUGGAUCAAUAUCAAUAUAUUAUCAAAUAUGUUUUCAAAGACAUUAAUGCUGGCAAAGAGGGGGAAAAUACGUUUCUAAAUGCUUUUUAGAAAAAAUCACAGAACAGAUGUAAAUAUCAAGCCAUAAAAGCUUAUUAAAAUGAGAGAAAACAAAUACAUUUCAUUACUUUUCGAUCUAUGCAAUGUCAAUCCCUUGUGCUUGUGUUUGUGUGAUCCUGUGUUGUCACAUUUAGCUUUACGGUGGUAUAAUGCAGAAUUGCACGUCCCUACAUUCAGUCCCAAAGCGCAGGAAAUCGCUUUGUUCUCUUGGCACUCUUUCCAGCUAAAUUAUUACUUUGUAGCCUCUUUGUUGGACACCCAGCAACAGGAUUCGAGCCUUUCUUUUGUGUUUUGGAUAUUGUUGUGCAGUUCCUGCCUGUUCAAAUGUCCUAAAACCUGCCAUCAGUUUAUGUAGUCAAAAGCAUCGUCUGAAAAAUAAUAACAAAACACUUUUGAAAUUCACUGUAUAGCUGUACUGCAAAAAAAUGGAGAAGAAUUAGGCAACAUUUACCUUCAUCUCAUGAAUAUGUACUUGAUAAUAUCCUGUAGAUGUCCAGUCAGACUUGAGGAAAGGGAAUGUGUUUUGUUGUAUGUUGUUCUCCAUUCCAGUAAAUUCCUGUAUUUUCCUAACAACAUUGAAACAAGCAAUAGAUAUGCAGAAUUCUUUUUGUACUCUUCGAUAUUAGGUUUUCUUUUUUACUUUUAGGUGAAAGUAUAAAUGAAGUUGUAAAACAGC